CAGCACAUCAUGUUGCGAAGACUCCACAACAAGUCGGUCGAGGUCAGCGAGGUGAAGUUGGGGCGGAAGACGAGUAAGAGGCAGCGCAUCUCGCAGUUCUUCAGAUCAAGGAAGCAAAAGCCAGAGGCCCGCAAUGCAGCACCCGAGAAGGUACUGACUGGCAGCGAGUCUGAAUCCCCCCAGGCAGCCCACGAUGUGACGAGCCCCGCCGAAGCGCCCCUCGAGCAACCACGAUCCAGCGAUGAGAAGCCCACCUCAGUCGAAGAGCCCAAAAAGGCUCCUGAACCAAAUGCCUCGCCGAGGCCGGAGACACCAGAGAUAGAGAAGGUCGAGACGCUCAGUGAGGCGCAGUUGCAUGUGCUCUUUUCUGGAACCCCACACUUCAGCGUCAAGACGGGGAGUCGUCGCCCUGCUGCCAACGUUUCGUACCCAUGGGGAGGCCUGGAAUCUUCGAAAGACACACUGGACUCGGUACUGCCAGACCAGGCUGCCUUCACGUCCGCAACCCUACAUCCACUUCCAACCAAGGCUCGAACAUCCUCUGAAGAGAAAAGCCGCAACCACGGAUAUGACGUGGAUGUUGUGGAAGUACCGAACAUGCUCAGUGCUCAGGGUAUUGAACCGGGCAGCAUUGGCUUCUCUCACUUUCUGGAGUUGCCAAGAUCGGAUAGUCUACUCGUCGACUUGGAAGGGUCACAAACAAGCAAAGAGUUCCUACAAGGGACCAAAAACAAAGAGCUCAUGCAGAGUGCACCCGAACGGAUUGGAAUUCGUGCAGUGGAUAUGGGCUUGAUAUACGACCGUCUUAUCGAGAUCCAUGAUCUGAACGAGGCGUUCCACGAGAGCCCUGGACCCAUGACUGUUCUGAACCAUCAAAGUCCGGGAGAACUGUACGCAAAUCUGUUCAGCAAGUUUCUGACGCCUCCUGGAUACGAUGGUACGACAGGUGACCCAACAGGCCUACGAGUUCAGAUCCUCACACUCAUGCGAAUAUUGAAACUCAAGGGUGUUUGGUACGAUUUUAGCCUCGUUGAGUGGAGGAUCAGACUUGGCCAGAUCCUUUGGAGUGAUCCUGAGGCGGUACCGGCACACGAGGCCCAUCCUUUGUGGACGGAACGCGAGGUUCUACUCUUACAGAUUACAUUGGCGUGCGAACUACUACUCCGACUCGAUGCCGUUACCAGCCUGGACGUGGGUGGCCAAAGUAGUCCGGGGCAGAUGAGCGCUCAAGAGAUCAGGGGCUUCUUCGGCAGCAAGACCAGGAAGCUCGAUUGGGAUCUCGUACUCGCAAGAAGAUUUCUAGACAACAUUCUGGUCGUCAAGAGCAGUGAUCACGACGUUGAACCAUCGAAAUCGCGUGGAUUUCAGUCGAUGCGUGGUACAGGAGAACCUCCUGAGAUCGCUAGGCCAGAUAUCGUGCUGCUGCCACAGCACCAAACACGCCAACUCCAAGGCCUGAUCAAAUUCGGUUCGGCCAUACAGUGGCCUUCUACGGAAACCAUUGUGCAGAGUCUGGCCCAGAGGCUAGGCGCUCGCGGACUCGUACAGCAAGGAGAGCCACUGCCAACACCUGACGGCAUGUUCCUAGAUCCCGUUUCACCUGCGACGAUCAGUGUCUACGGCACACCUCUAGAGACUCCGCGCCCCGCGAACCACAUGCUUGACGGUUACUUCGGACACAUCGGCAAGCCCGCACUGACUCGCGACAAUUCGCAUUCUUUGAGAAUUCCGCUAUCUCCUACUCUCUCGCCGCAGCCCGAUUCUCCAAGCUCAACCCUAACCGGAAUUGGUGGAUGGCUCAGUCGCUCAUACUUGACCGGUCUGACACUUCCCGGAGAGGCGAUCUCGCACUUCCUCAUAUCCACGCUUCUGGAGAACGACAUCGUAGCAAUUGCGAAUCUGGGUGACUCUGCCAAUCUUUACGGCGGUUUCUCGUAUGCCGGCCGAUCUUGGUGGAGUAAGAACUCGAUAGUAGGUCGCGUCUUCGCCUGUAUUGACGGUGGUGUUGAGUGUAUGGGUUGGAUCUCAUUCCCAAGGCAACCGGAAGGAUCGACCAACCAAUGGCAUUCAAUUCAUAGCGAGCAGAUUCCUUUGGACGAUCGAAUGAGCGACACCACGCGGUCCGCUGCGGUCGCCCGAGCAUCCUCAAUCAUACCCGAUGGUACAAUAGCAUCUAUAAACUCCGAGGACCUAGUUCUUCCGCGCGACUCGGAAACGCUACCUACGCCCACGUUGAUCCUUCGAAAUUGGGAGCUUACACCACUCAAUCCCGACCUCAUGGACAGCGACAUGAUGUCAGGACCACUGACUGAGAGCGAUAUACAUACUCCAUCCGUCACUUUCGCUUCCCAGGAUCGAACAUUACAUCACACUCUGACACUCGCUUUCGACGUACAGUUUGUAACCUCGUGGCCAUGCACGCCACCGAUGUCGACUCCUGUUCCCGCUCCUAGCAUGCCUCAUAUCCUCAAGCGCUCACUCACUGGCACUGUAUCACGUACAUCCUCCAAACGAAGUGGUGUCACGAUGCCUCGCCGCAACAGUCAUGGUUUCGAGCCACUUCUGUCGCAUCCACCCGACUCAACAGACAUUGCACCGAAGCGUGUGUACUCUGCCGAUACUGAUAACGAUUCCAUGACUACCAUUACGAAGCGACAGCCCAUGGAAGUGCACCCUCUCCACACAAGCUACAAGUACAAGACUGUAUCUGUCACCGAAGUGUUGGACCCCAGUUUCGACAUUCCCUUCGACAUGCAUUCGCACACUCGUUCGCCAACCCCCACUGGACUUGAUAAGAAGAACGACACUGAUGCAACACAUGACAAAACUACCGUACUUGUCCUUGAUGCACGUGGGUCUUCAGAUUUACAACUUCUUGCGCGUUCUUGGUGCGCCGAGAAGGGCUUCCACGCCAUCGUCGGCAGAGUCGGACGGACGUGCCUGGCUUGUUGCAUCCGUGAGGCGCGAGCUUUGGGUAUACACGUCGUGAUCAGAGUGUAAUGUCUUUUUCCUAUGUUUGUUUCCUUGUCAUGACUAGAUCGCGUUCACAGCAUUCGCGUGUUUUCUUCUCAUUGUUGAUACCCAAAUUGGUCAUCGGUCUUAUCUUGUCGGAAUUGGCCAUCGUCGGCAAGCGCAUAUACGAGAUACCCAGGAACGUGUAUAUAGGAGUACAUGUGUUCUAUACAGAUUGUUUCCUGCUUCAA